UUUCCCGGCAAAAGAAGUGGUGGGUGGCAAUGACGGUGGCAGACGCCGUGAACUAGUCCACGAAAAAACCUCAUUGCGCCACCACUUCCCAAUCCUACCCGUGAAACAAGAAACCAAUCCAUCUCGACUCUGUUUCUUUAUCACCUCAACGCACAUUUGAUUUCGAGAAAAUAGGGGAGAUAAUGAUGUCGGACGCUUCGAUGCAAGAUCUACAAGAGAACAACGUCGUCACAGUCGUCGCCGUCAACAAGGGGAAAAACAGUCCGUUAGCUGUGAGAUGGGCGAUCGAUAACCUUAUCACCAAUUCCAAACAUACUUUCAUUCUGGCUCAUGUUAAGACUAGACAUCAUCACCACCACUAUGGCCAGCACGUUGUCGCGGAGGCAAAUAGUGGGUUGGUGGAGGACAUAUUCACGGCUUGUCGUACCGUCUGUGCGCGUAAAGGGGUGAGAAAAGAGGAGGUGGUGCUAGAAGGUGUUGACGUGCAUUCUGCACUAAUAGACUACAUCAAUCAUAAUAGUGUGACCAACAUUGUUCUUGGUGCAUCAACAAAGAAUGUCAUAACAAGAUAUAGGUUCUGGAUCCCGGAUGUGGCCACCAUGAUAAACAAGUCCGCCCCGGAUUUCUGCUCCGUGUACGUGAUUUCAAGGGGCAAAGCACAAUCAAUCCGGCCAGCAGCACGACACACGGACAGCUCGACCAGGGCCCCAUCUCCAGUGUCUUCUACUAGGGGAUCCUCUGUGAGGGGGGGAAGGAGGACUAGCGACGAGCAUCCCGAAAAUGGUAGUAGGCGAUUCAGGAACGAUGGUGGUGAGUCGAGAAGGAGGCCGAGAAACACAGGCAAGUUUGUUAAUACACAUGAAGAUUCGGUCAGAGAUCAUGGCAUGGAUAUCACAAGAGUGCAAAUGUCAAGCACAAGCAGUGUGGGAUCAGAUCAAUUUGAUCAUCUUUCAUCAAAUUCUUCAUCUCCAACUGCAAUUAAUAGGCUCAAGCAACAGGUGAAUCAAACAAUGAGUAUGUAUAAUGAAGCUUGCAAAGAAGCAAUCUCAGCUCAAAAGAAGGUGAAUGAGCUUCAGCAGCAGAAGCACGGGGAGAUAGACCGAUUAGACCAAGCCCGGCAAGCUGAAGAGGCGCACUUAGCGCUCGUGGAGAUGGAAAAGGCGAAAUGCAGAGCUGCGAUUGAAGCCGCAGAGAAGGCACAAAAGAUAGCCGAGAAGGAGACGCAGAGGAGAAGGUAUGCGGAGCAGAGGGCAAAGAGGGAGGCGGAGGAAAAGAAACGUGCAUUGAACGCGUUGUCAAACAAUGACGACCGCUAUAGAAGAUACGUGAUUGAAGAGAUCAAAGAGGCCACUAACAACUUCACAGGAUCUAGGAAGAUCGGAGAAGGAGGGUACGGCCCCGUUUACAAAGGGAAGCUGGACCACACACCGGUUGCCAUCAAAGUCCUACGGCCCGAUGCUACUCAGGGCAAAAAACAGUUCCAACAAGAGGUCGAAGUACUGACCUGCAUGAGGCAUCCAAACAUGGUCCUGCUCAUGGGCGCCUGCCCUGAGUAUGGAUGCCUCGUGUAUGAGUACAUGGACAACGGAAGCCUUGAGGACCGUCUACUCAGAAAGGGCAACACUCCCUCUAUCCCAUGGGGGGUAAGGUUCAAGAUCGCCUCUGAGAUAGCCACCGGUCUACUUUUCCUUCACCAGGCCAAGCCCGAGCCAUUGGUCCACCGUGACCUAAAGCCAGGAAACAUCUUGCUAGACCAUCAUUACACGUGCAAGAUUAGCGACGUAGGGCUGGCCCGACUGGUCCCACCCACGGUCGCGGAUAGCGUGACUCAGUAUCACAUGACAUCUGCUGCGGGUACAUUUUGCUACAUCGACCCGGAAUACCAGCAGACAGGCAAGCUAGGGACAAAAUCGGAUAUUUACUCACUCGGGGUGAUACUACUACAAAUCAUCACCGCCAAGCCACCUAUGGGCCUCACUCACCACGUCGAGCGGGCCAUUGAACAGGGCACGUUUGGCAGUCUGCUAGAUCCAAGCGUGCCUGAUUGGCCGGUCGAGGAGGCUCAGUGCCUUGCAAAGCUAGCCCUGAGAUGCACUGAGCUGAGGAAAAAAGAUAGACCUGAUCUGGGGAAAGAGAUAUUGCCUGAGCUCAAUAGGUUGAAACAACUUGGACAACAACAUGACUAAUUCAGAAUUAAGGAGAUAUCACAUUCGUUCAUUUUUUUGCCACUUUGAUAUAGGAAUCUUGAACUUCCAAAAGAAAUAAAAUGUACAAAAACUUGUAUUCUCAAA